GUCUCAGAGGUGGUCGGCCUUCCGCAGGCCGGACCAACACAUCACGACCAACACAACACGACCAACGCACCAUUCAGGAUGGUUCGGAGGCCUCAUCGACUGCGCCAACCUGCACGCCUUAUUGGCAGCCGUUGGCCACCAUUCAAACGUCUUUAUUAGGCGCUGUUGAUAUCUGAUACCAUUUACCCCGCUCGCAGCCUAAUCUCAUGACAUUGAACGCGUCGCCGGCAACUCAUCGUCACAUUCAGCAUUAAGACUGUCCCUUGUUUGCAGGAACCCUCUUGAGUGCCAUCAUGCCAAAGGCCCGUCGUAAAUAUCCGGACCGGACUCACCCAGCCGACCGACCCCAGAAAUCAUGCCUCCUCGCCGGCAAGAUCAUGUGGCUGCCCAAGCAAGGCGAACUGCAGUGCGACCUUGGUAUUGACGACGGCUGCUACAAUCAUCCUGUAGUAGUUCUUUCGCCGUUUCCAGAGAGCGAAAAAGUCGUUGUGUUAUUGAUAACAUCGUUGAACGGCAGAGCGCUCCAAGACUGCCGCUGGACUCAAGAUGUCAGAGCUGGCCAUUUGCCAGUUCACCCUUGCGACCCUCAUCCAGACAGUGGGAAGCUUCUGCGCUUGAAAUCGGACAUGGAGCUUAGAAAGAAGUCGUAUGUCAAGACGAUGAGGAAGAUACAGGUCCCGCUCGACUGCUUACGAGGCUAUCAUGGGCGCCAUGCGCUCUACUGCAUCUUCACGGCUGCUUCGUAUAAGGAACUGCUUGAGAGUGCGCAGUUUCAACCGCCCUUGCCAUCACCAAGCCAAGCUACGCUCAACCAUCCGGCCAGUCCUGAGCUCAGUUGGUCAAACGGUUCUGGACUGGAUCCCACCAACUCUCCUCCACUCCCUCCCACCAAUCGUCCUGCAUUCACUUCACCGGGGCAAGGUUACCAGGUCCAACACGCACAUCGCGUCUAUCCAGUUCCUAUUGCUUCCACUUACGCCCAAGCUGCGGCAACCCUACCAUCGCAGUACACCAGAGUCGCGCUUUAUCCACCACACCUUCCAGCUCGCAGCUCACCCAGCGCGGUCCAAGCAAACCCAUAUAGUAAUGUCGAGCUUGAGCGCCAAAUGAGAGCCAUUACUGCAGCUCACGCUAGAAGCUAUGGCACAAUGAUACCGCCCAAUACGGCCCGGAAUACAAUGCCAGAGACUAGGAGGAGUACAGGUCAUUUACCUUUGCCCGUACAAGACGAGGAGCGUGUGGUGAACAACACGGAUGCGGGUUGUGACUGUCCUUCACGCUAUGUCAUUUACAAAUAAUGAUCUGGGGUGAACAUGCCUCGGGCUUCGCGUAUGUCGUAGAGGUUUUGCACAGGAGUGGCAAGUUAAAUCCGU